AUGAUUGCAACUUUAGAUUUUACAUUUCAUCAUCCACAAAUGAAACAACAUGUCCAAUUAAUUACAUUUGGUCAACCUCGAACAGUCCAAUCUGAUUUCUUGAAUACCUUCAAUAAUUACAUCAAAUACUAUUCUCGUUAUGUCAUUCGAGCAUCUGAAAGUAUCAAAGAUUGGACAGGUAAAGUGAUCAUUUCUGCUGCUCAAGAUGAUAUUGUCACUACAGUUCCACCAAAGAUUUUUGGAUUCCAACAUGCUGGUCAUAGAAUUGAUUUGAAUUGUCCUGCAAGAGGAAUCGUGAAAUGUCAUGACAUGACCUUGUAUUUGGAUGCUUUGAAAACAAUCAUGUCAAAUUCACUUCAGUGGUUACCACAAUGA